AUGAAGCGAACGAAACAACAAGAGGAGGAAUUAGACUCCUUUCAGUCGAUGAAUGGUUUCUCGAAUAUUAUAUCGGAGAAAAAGAAGAAAAUUAAAAUGGAAGAUGCAAGGCUUCUCGGGAUUGGAAUGAAUGGUGGAGGUGGUAAAAAGAAGAUGACUGAUGAAGAACGGAAGAAGGCAAUACAAAAUUUGAGUUCUCAAAUAAUGGCAAAACCAAGCGCGAUUGCAUCUUCAUCGACCUCUUCAAAGAAAUCUGAUAAUUAUGAGAGUUUAACGCUGCAAUCGAUUAUGGAUAUUCCGAUUGAUUACACUCUCAAGACAUUUGUUGUUUUUAAAUCAUCACGGGAUUUCCUUUGGACAAAUAAUAUCACCUCUAACUCAAAAACAUGUGGAUUGUCAAGUUUUGUUACUGGAACUCCAACAUCUGGAUUCAUUCAGAGCAAGGGAUUUUCCCAAGCUGCCAGCGGUGCUAUUCCAGUUUUUUCUCAGAACCAACCAUCCAUAGAUUAUCAAGCCACUAGUGAAUUUUACAAGAGUCUUUUAUAUUAUAUUUAUCCAUCCUCUCUGCUACCACAUUGUCUAAUGACAAAAAUUAAGGAGCUACCAAACUAUAACAGAGAAAAUUUGAACAAUAUUUCGAGUGUGUACGAGUCAUUUCAUUCUCUGACACAUUUAGAUAUACAAUUUAUGAACGAAAGAUAUUUAUGUUGGUCAGAAGCUUUACUCUCCGUAUUUUCUUCGUUUGUUGAAGGUCUUUGUCCUUAUUUUUACCUUUUAUAUGAUUACACCUAUAGAAGCUCCAUUAUUUUCUUAAAUGACACAGUAUUUUCUGGGAUAGGCAAACGAUGUAUAAUUUCAAAUCCAAGUUCAGACCUUAUGAAAUCGUUACGAGAAGAACAAAUUGAAUUUCAAGAGUUUGGAAUUGGCUCUGAAAUGAGAACAGAGGCAGACAAUAUUAUGCUUGCCUCACGUACAGAGGAGGUGUCAAGCCAAUUUAAAUGUUUAGUGGUGACUGGACGAAAACAACUUCAUGCACUCGUUGACUUUUUGACAAAUUAUCAUUUGAAGUUUUUAGAUUGUGACAUUCCUCAAAUUGUUAGCCCCAUUUCAUUCCUGAAUUCAACCUUGAAAAAAUGUAAACUAUUUCCGAGAUCAUGCAACGAUAAGGAUUUUCAGUUUUUACUCGAAAUUAGAGGAGGAUAUUUAUUACCUCAUAGCUUUUUAGAUAUUUGCAGAAUAAUUCAAACAAGUCACAAUGAUUUAUCAUGCUCUGUGAAGGAAUUUAAAGAAGAAACAUCAAGGCUUAAUGACAUGCAAGGCAAGGACCUUGUUUGUGUUAAUUCAAUGCCGACACAAGGCGUACCACAAGCCAAUUUUCAACACCUUCCCUACGUUGAAUCGGAUCGUAUGAGAGGUCACACCAUCAAGACCAUUACUCAAUCCAAGAACAACAAUACACUCUCUUUACGAAUGAAAAAGGUGUAA